AUGAGCUCUCCCUCCAGUGAGCCUGACAACGGGGACACGGCCGAGCGGCCCCAGCUGGGGCUGGACACUGUGAUCCAGAAGCUGGAGGACACCGUCCUGAGCCCCACAGCCAGCAAAGAAGACCGAGCACUGACCGUGCGUGGGGAAGACUGGCAGGCCUCGCCCACCCCACUGCCUGCCCGCAUCCGUGAGAUUGUGGCCGGCAGCCUGGGCGCAGAGCCACCCCACGAGGUGCGGGAACCGCCAGGCACCUUGGCCCAGGUGCAGGAGGAGAGUGACCUCCUGCAGGAGGAGCUGUCCCGGCUGGAGGACCUGCUGGCCCAGGUGGGCACCGAGCGGGACGAGCUGGCCAGCAGGUACCACGCAGUCAGUGAGCGGGUAAGUGUUCGCACGGGGCAGUUGCAGGCCCGGCUGCGGAGGUCGGAGCUGGAGCACAGCGCGGACCUGGAAGAGGCCCUGGGCCGUCUGGAGGCUGCCGAGCAGAGGAGCAUCAGCCUGUCCCAGGUGAACACCCUUCUGAGGGAGCAGCUGGGGCACAUGAAGAAGGCCAAUGACAAGCUGGCUGAGGAGCUGGCCGGGACCACGGGCAGCGUGCUCCCCCUGCAGGGACAGCUGGAGCUCAGGGAGGCUCAGCGCUGGACUGAGAGACAGAGCCGUCCACGCCUGGGGGUGCAGACCCGGGACUUCGUCCUCCUGUGGAGACAGGUGACAGGGCUCCGAGCACACCUGGCUGAGCUGCGGUCGGCCUCUGAGAGGGGUCUCGCUGACAUGCAAGCGGACACGGCCAGGACGGCCCAGCGCUUGCACACGGCCUGCCUGAACCUCGACUCCAACCUGCGGCUGUCGGCCAGCAGCGCGGCCGGGGCCCGGGAGCGGCAGGCCCUGCGGGGCGCUUGGCUGGAGCAGCAGCUUAGGGACAAGGUGCGGGAGAUGCUGCAGCUGCAGGGCCGCUGGGAUGCGGAGAAGGUGGCCCUGCAGGCCAGGCUCUCGGAGCAGGUGUUGCUGGUGCAGAAGCUCACGGAGCAAAACUCAAGGAAGGACAGAACCAUCUCAUCCCUCAGAACCGAGGUCCAGAGACUGGUGGCCCAGGCAGACUCAGGGGUCCCGGAGCCUGUGCGGAGCCGCAGCACGGACGGAGAGAAGGCACAGGGCCAUCUGCGGAGCCCCACACGAAGCACGUCCCCUCACUGGGGCUCGUCCCCACCACGGGCCCGCUCCCCGGCCGCCCUGGACCCUGCGCUGCGGGCUGUGCACACAGCCAUCGAGAGGCACCGGCAGCAGGAGCAGGAGCUGCGUCUACAGCUGGGGUCCUCCCAAGUGGUGAUGACCCGGCUCCGGGAGCAGCUGGCGGAGACGCGGCGGGAGCUCCGAGCGUCCCGGCGGCUCCUGCAGGAGUGUGAGCAGGAGCGUGGGGGCCUCCUGGACAGGCUGGAGGUGCAGAGCCAGGAGGCGCAACAGUGCAGGGCAGCCAGCGAGCUCCUGGAAAGGGAGAAGAAGGCGCUGGAGACGGAGGUGGAGGCACUGAGAGGCGAGGUGGACGCGCGGGGUGUGGACCUGCGGAGGCGGGAGGCCGAGAACGCAGCGCUGCAGAGCAGCCUCCUGCUCCGGACACGGCAGAAGGAGGAGCUGGAGACGAGGUGCGGCAGGCAGGGCUCACCCCGGGCCCAGGAGAGCGGUCAAGGGCGCCUGGAGCAGCUGGAGGAGAAGGUCUCAGAGCUCAGGGAGGAGCUGGUGUCGGCCCAGGAGGCACUGAGCGCAGCCCAGCGGCAGAGGGACGUUCUGGAGAGGGAGAGGGAGGCCCUGCGUGGCUCCCUGGCCCGGGCGGAGUCCAGCAAUGCUGCUCUGGAGUUGCUCGUCACCCGGCUGAAGUCGGAGGGGGUGCAGCAGAGGGACUCCCUGGCCAAGAUGGCUGCCCUGCUGGAGGGCCUGGCCCAGGACAAGGGCACCCUCACCCACCUGGUCCUGCAGCUGCAGCAGGAGGGGCACCAGCUUCGGGAGCAGGAGCGGGUGCUGAGGCAGGAGCGGGCAGCUGCCCGGGAGCAGCUGGCCAGGGCGGAGCGGCAGCUGGAGCAUCUGGAGGGGCAGGCAGACCGGCUCCAGCAGGAGAGGGCCCAGCUGCAGGAGCAGGUGCACCAGGUCACAUGCAAGAAACAGGCCCUGGAGGAGCAGCUGGCCCAGAGCCUGCAGGACCAGGAGGCCCAGAUGGACACUCUCCGGAGGGCUCUGCAGGAGAAAGAGACUUUGUCUGAGACACGGGCCCAGCUGCUGGCCAAGCAGGAGGCCCUGGAGAGGCAGGGCCAGCUCGCGGCUGAGGAGGCAGCUGAUCUCAGGGCCCAGCGGGACGCACUGGAAAGCAGCCUCCGUGAGGCCCAGCAGCUGGCGGAGCGGCUGCAGGCACAACAGGGACAUCUGGAGGCAGAGGCCCAGAGCGCCCGGCGUGCCCGGCAGACCCUGCAAGUGGAGCUGGAGCAGGUGAGAGGAGCCUGGGCGGCCCGGGAGACGCAGCUGGAGUGGGACGUGGGGCGGCUGCGGCGGCAGGCGGCACAGCAGGAGCGGGAAGCACGGCUGGCGCUGGAGAGCCAGGCCCUGGCCCACCGCGGGGACCUGGCACAGCUCCAGAGGGAGAAGGAGACCCUGAGCCUGUCUCUGACAGAGGAGAAGGAGCUGGCGGCGUGCAGGUUGGACCAGGAGAAGGAGCUGGCGGCCAAAGGUGCAGCCGAGAGGGAGGCUCUGAAGGAGGAGAUUCGGAGCCUGAAGCACGAGCGGGAUGAGAGCCUUCUCCAACUGGAGCAUGAGAUGCAACAGGCCCUGUCUCUGAGAGAAGCAGAACGGAGCCAGCUGCAGCGGGAGCUCUCCAGCGCCUCCCGGGAGCUGGAACAGGUGCGGCAGGAGGCCCACAGCCAGCAGGAGCAAGCAGAGGCCGCGGUCAGCGCCAUGGCGGCAGAGCUGAGGGCCCUGCAGGCCCGGUUCGAAGAGGCCAUCUCGGCCCAUCAGAGAGAGACGGCGGCUUGGAGCCAGAGUCUCCGGGAGAUGGCGGCAGAGAGGAGCCACGCGGGCAGGGAGGCGGAGCAGCUGCGGGCAGAGCUGGGGGAGGCCCAGGAGGCGCUGGCCGAGCUGCGCAGGGAGCUGCAGGGCAGCGAGGACAGUCGAGAGGGGCUGUGCCGGGAGGUUGCGGAGGCCCGCCGGGCGCUGGGCGAGGAGGCCCUGGAGAAGGACGUGCUGCAGCGGUCCAACGCCGAGCUGCGGGCUGCUGUGCGCCGGGCCCAGCAGGAGAAGGCCAGCUUCCAGCGGUCCACGGAAGGAAAGGAGCAGAAGGUGCUGGCCCUGCAGGAGGCCUGGGCGGCAGCCCAGAAGGAGGCUGGGGAGCUGUGGGCCCGCCUGUGGGAGGCAGAGCAGACCCAUGUGGACACUGGCCGGGAGCUCCGGGAGCUUCGUGCACAGGUGAAGACGCUGGAGACCGAGAAGCAAAGGAAAAGCCGAGAGGUGCGCCAGCUGCAGAGCCGGGCGGUGGGGGUGGAGGCUGCCCAGAAGGAGCGGAAGCUGGCGGAGGCGGAGGAGCAGCUCCGAGAGAGCCUCGGGGCCGAGCGGGGCCUCCGGGCCGAGCUGCACGGCGCCUGCCGCCAGGUCCGCAGCCUGGAGCAGGAGCUGGCCCGGGCAGAGGGCGCCAGGCAGGACGCGCAGCACCAGCUGGGCCGGCUGUGGUCCAUACUUCGCUGUGAGCUGGGGCUCCCAGCACAGGGCCCCUCUGCCUCCGCUGAGCGGCCCGGCUCCCCCACCAAAGGACAUCAAGGCCCAGACGUGGACGCGGACUCUGUUCAAGAUGCCCUGAGGGACCUCGUGCAGAAGCUGCGAGAGGCCCAGCGGGAGCAGGAGGACUGGCGCUCCCGGGUGUCGAGCCUGAGCAGCCGGCUGAGCGAGGCGCAGAGGCAGCGCGCCCAGGCCCAGGGCCUCGCGGGGCAGCUGAGGGUGGCGCUGGCCCAGGCGGAGCGGAGGGCGGGCAGGGCCCAGGCCUCGCGGGCCCUGCAGAAGGAGGCGCUGCAGAGGCUGGAGAGGGAGCACCUGGCCGGCGUGCGGGCAGCGAGACAGGAGAAGGGGCGGCUCCAGGUACAACUGGCCACACUGCACCAGGCCCUGGGAGGGAGCAGGCGGCACGGCCAGGGCCUGGCCCAGAGGUGUCGGCUACUGGAGGAGCAGGUCGCCAGCCUGGAGCACAGGUGCCAGGAGGCCGAGAGCGCCCUGGGGUCCCUGCGGCAGCCCGCCCUGCUGCGCACGGCCUCCGCCAGCAGCACGGCCCCGGGCCUGGCGCUGGGUCUCUGCUUGGAUGUGCGGAUCCCGACGGCUCGCGGAGGCCAGGCCCUGCCAGAGUCCCGGCUGGCCGGCCUUCCCCAGAACGGCGGCUUCAGGCUGCUCUGUGCAGGAGCCGCCGAGGUUCUCUUGCUGUGA